AUAUCUUAACAUAUACAAGAGAGACUCACACCCGCAGACUCGAAGAAGGAUAUAAGACCGACCAAAUGUCGAGCUGAUAUAUUAAAAGUUAACUUGGCUCCAGAGCUGAGCGCGUGGGGGGCGAGGGGCACAUUAUAGAGACAGCACGGGGGCACCCAAAAAGCGAUGGGUCCGUACAUGUUCUAGAUAGCUUACAAAACGCGUGCCGAAUGAUUCUCAAAAAAUACCGUGCCUCCCUGGUUUAUAAAGGCGAAUUGAAGGCAAUCGUAAAUAGUGUAACGUUGCAGAGUAAUGGAAGAGAAAGAGACGGGGGAGAGCGAGCCCGUGGUCCUCCCGUGUGCUGAGCAGACAGAUUCUCUCUCAUUAAUAAUACGCGGAGAGGAGGAAGCAACGCAAGAGCGGAGUGACUUGGGACACUGUUCAGGAGGUAAAGAUUGUAAUGUUUUUGUUUCGAGAGUACGUAGACUCGACCACUUGUCCGCCCGCCACCCUUAGUCAUAGUUAAUCCGUGUGACGGACAAUGCCAUCUAGCAGCAUGCCCCCUUGUCUUAGUGGCUUCACUAUAAACAAAGGCGAAAUAGCAUGCUGGCCGCUUGCUGUGAUGCACAGUCGCCACCCAGCGGAAACCAACGGCGGCUAAACCGGCUAAAUGGAGUCGCUGUGGUGCUGUGCGGAAUAUUAUCCACAGAUUAACGGUUUUAUUAUGAACCCUUAUUAUCGUGUCAUCAUAUUUCUAGCAGAAUGAAUAUCUGGAAUGUCAGGCAGAGUAUGUGCCACCAGCUAUCUGAGAAAUAGGCUAUAAAGCUUUGAAAUGUGCAGUUUCAUGGAAUAAACUAUAUUAUUACUGUAAGUGCAUCUCCUAAUGCUCUCUCUCACCUAGAGGAAGACGAUCUGACCAAUGGCCACGUGGACGGCGAUGAGGAGAUGGUUACCCCACUCUGCGCUCCGGGCACCAGCUACUGGAGUGUCACAGAGGGUCCCGACUCCCCCUUUCUCCUGUCCCCCGUCCCGGGCCCCUCGGGGAGCAAGGAGAGGGUCCAACGCGCCUCCCGUCCCGGCUUCAGCCGCAUCCCGGGCCGGGACCACCGGCGCUACUACCACGAGUACUGGCGCAGCGAGUUCCUGAUGGACUUUGACCCCCGCCGCCACGGCAUGAUCUGCAUGGUGUGCGGGAGCUCGCUGGCCACGCUCAAACUCAGCACCAUCAAGAGGCAUAUUCGACAGAAGCACCCGGAUUCCCUGCUGUGGAGCGUGUCCGACAAGGAGGUGAUUCGCUCGGGCUGGGAGAGCCACCUGAGUCUGGAGGGGGGCCAGAGUCUGUACUGUCCGGCUGGAGGGGUGGUCGCCGUCUCGCAGGGUCAGGAGGAGGAGCUGCUGGACUGCGCACGCCGCUCCACCGGUGGGGGUUUUCUGGAGACUGGGGGAAUGAAAUGACAUUGGCAUAGUUUUAUGAUCAUUUACAUUUUAGUCAUUUAGCAGAUGCUCUUAUCCAGAGCGACUUACAGUUAGUGAGUGCAUACAUUUUCAUACUGGUCCCCCGUGGGAAUCGAACCCACAACCCUGGUGUUGCAAGCGCCAUGCUCUACCAACUGAGCUACACUGGACUACGUGAUAAGAGUAUUGAGUUUCAGGAUUCUGCACUUGGUGGCAGUAUGAGCAUGUCUGAUAAGAAGUGUGUAUGUUAUACAGUCAUACCCAUGCUGUCAAGUAGUGUAAGAGGAUGAUGCCUUUGUGCAGUGGCUUGGUGUAGUAGUAAGAAGAAAGGUUUCUCUUGUGCCUCUGAUCUCGACAGGAAUGAUCUGCUGAUAGAUGGAUGCAUAUGACAUGCUUAUGUGACAGUCCCCUGGUGGCCUAUUUCUUGAUUCACAUUAACAUACAUUUCAAUUGCAUUUCCCCUCUCCAUCUCUUCCCACAGGAAAAGCUGAUGGUACGGUGACCCCCAAACUCCAGCCCCGGUCCCCCACCCCGUCUCCCCCUCCAUCGGCCCCCCUCCAGCAGCAGGAGGAGCUCUCCGGGCCCUCGGCCCAGACCCUGGAGCGCUACCUGAACGAUUCGCUCCACGCCUGGUUCCGACAGGAGUUCCUCAUGGAGUACCAGGCGGAGGCGGGCAGGCUGGUGUGCAUGGUGUGCGGCCGUCCGCUGCCCUCGCUCCACCUGGACCACAUCAAGAGCCACGUGCUGGACAUCCAUCCCCAGUCGCUGGUCUACAGCUCGGAGGAGAAGCACUGCAUCCUGCAGACCUGGGCUCAGACGCAUGGUGAGACAGGGGAGGAGGGCGUGGUUGAGUAUAACAGUACAGGGAAAGAGGUAUUCUGUCGCUGUGGCUCUAGUUUUUUAUCAGCUAUAUGUCUUGUGUCUUGUAUAAUGCUAGAAAGAGUUAAGUUGAAUCUUUUCAGCACCGAAUUAAAAAGCUUUUGUUAUAAAAGCCCUUCAUAUUCUGUUAUUCCCUAUUGAUGUCUUCACUCACUCAUAUACUCUCUCCCCACCCCCACCCCAUGCCCCAUUUCAGAAUCCGACCCUCUGAAUGACUUCAUCAAAUCGGAGCCCAACACCAAAGACGAGAGAGAGGCUGGGGUGGACUUCUUCCCUGAUGACCUGGAGACCAUCCAGAUCGGCUCAGACAACGAUGAGGCAUUAUCCCAGAUACAGGACAUGGUUGGUAGCAGUGAUGGAGGUGGUGUUGGAGCUCCAGAGGUGACCAGCCCCAUACCCCCUCUCCCUCUCCGCCAGCCCAGGAAGAGGCGUCUCCGCGGGGGCUUCCCCUGGCGCCUGCGCCUGGACUACCUGGUGGCCUAUGGGCCUCAGGGUCGUGGCACCUUCUGCAUGGUUUGCUCCCAAGCCCUGCCCGUGGCCAAGGUGAGCAGCUUCCGCCGCCACAUUCAGGAGUGCCACCCUGAUACCACCAGCCUUUCCCGGGAGGAGAGGGCAGCCAUGGCCGAGGCUUGGACCAAAGAGGCCCCCACGGAAGACCACCUGGCCGUGCAGAUGAAAGAAGGUAAAACUUUCCAAAAAGUUCCAACCAAUGUAAAGGACAGACUGUAGCUACUCUCAGAGAAAAAUUAAAUACUAAGUGAUUCACCAAGUGGUUUUUGCCCCCCCCCCCACAGAAGUGGACCCCAGUGACAUCAUCAGCGUACAUGUGGCAGGAGAGAUGGGUGAAAAGGUAGCGCCCGACAACAACAACAACCACCGGACCACCAAGAUGUCCGCCAUCCAGACCGUGAAGAAGGAGGAGGGGGUCGCAACCACACCUGCCACUCUGGGACGCCACGGACACUACCCGGGCAAGGACCAGCGGCGGAACUACCAGGCGCGCUGGCGGGUGGAGUUCCUGAUGGACUACGACUGCCGACGACAUGGGCUGAUCUGUAUGGUGUGCGGGGCGACGUUAGCCACUCUUAAAGUCAGCACCAUCAAGAGACACAUCCAGCAGGUCCACCCUCAUUCUCUGGAGUACGGCCCUGACGAGAGACAGCAGGCCCUGCUCAGCUACAACCAGACAGCCCUGCACUUCGUCCACUCGGAAGACUGUUUCUCCUCCCAGGACCAUGGACACUCUGCACUCAGAGAGACGGCCGCCAGUCUCUUCGUCAGUUAAGAUGAGGGGCGACAGGCACGGUUGUUCUCCCCGCUCCAACCCCAAGUCUCUCUUUCUCAGGAAGUUAGAAACAUGAGGCUUGGUAGAGCCCUGUCGUGAGUGGUGUCUGGCACAGUUGGUGAUUGAUGUGUCAGGGAGCGUACAAUAUAGCACUUUCUGUCCCAAAAAUGUACUUAAACCUAGUAGGUGAUUGAAUGAGAGGGUGUUUGAGGUUUAUUGCUUAAGACAAUGAAUGCCACUUAAAGAUGCAAUUAUCUUUAUUCACUUAUGUCAAAUACAUCCUGUUAUUUCAGAAAUUCCUUGUUUACAAUGAGGUAAAUGGACAUCCUCCAGAAAUGUGUCUCAUUCUUGAAUGAGAAGAUUUUACUUUCCAUCUCUUUUCCAGUGUCACAGUACUAUUGUUGCACCGGCCAGCACCUAUUUCUGCUUCUCAUGACUCUUCUUAGCUAAAAGCUUCACUCACACAAAAAAAUCUAUUUUAUAGUGUUGAAUAUUUGAAUUAUUAUGAUUAUUUUUUUUACAAGCACUUUUAGACAUGUUUUUUACAAAAGGGUUUGUAAUUGCGGCCAUUUUGUCGACUUCAUUGAUCAAAUGAAAUUAUGCCACGUAAAUGUCAUUUUGCAUGGGAAUUCUGAAGUCAUGCAUGAUUGUGGAGCGAUUGCCUUCAAUGGCUGAGGCAUUUUAUAAGAGAGCAUAUUUAUACAAGAUUUCACAUGCAAGGUUACCAUUUUCAAUAACUCACCUAUUACAAGGUUUAUGCAACAAAGUGAUAAUAAAAAAGAAACAUAAAAAUUACAACCGCGUCAGGAAAUAAAUCGCCAAAUUGACCACCUUUGAAAUGAGCCCCUCGCUUGCCCUUAUUUCAGUGUCCUCUAAAAUAUCACUCCACCAGGAAAAGCAGAACUCAGGGAUUGUCCAUUUUCCAUCUGUGCUCGCUCUUUCGCUCUCUUGUUAGCUCGUCAAAAUUACUCCACUAAACAUGACUACUUUAUAACCCAUGGACUAAUUGAUUUGUUCAAAGAACCAGAUGGCAGCAUUUCUCCAGUUAUGUGGAGAGGAGGGACAUGAGUGUUGAAUACCACUCUCUUCCACUAACCUACGCUGCCUGUAUUGGUGACUCGGGCUGGAUCUGAAAUUGUUACUAGUUGGCAAAUCUGUGCUUUCUCCAUCCUUGUUUCCUGAAUUCCUCUCAAAGCGCAUUGCAGGGCCAGAGGAGGGACCUUGAAUCCUCUCCUCUAAUGCACUUUGAUAGGAAUUGAGGAAACCAGGAGAGAGGAAGCAAGGAUUUGACAGCUAGUAAUGUUUUCAGACACA